GCGCCCAGCAGGACAGUGCGGCGCAGCUACGUCACUUCCGCUUGUUUGGGAGGCUCGAGGAACGAGGACGCUUCCGUGCAUUUCAGAUUAUUUUGUAUUUACUUCGGAUGGACCUGUAAAAGUAAUAAAAACAAGAAUUUUGAGUACUUCAAAUAGUCACAUGAAGCAUCGAGCAGUUCUAAAUGUAAACAAAAGUUUAACGGCCCUGUUUCUAAUCCUCGAGUUAAAAAACGAAGGAAAUAAGUCAGGGCUGUGGGACAUGAACCACAAGUGAAAACAAGCAGGACCAUAUGAAACUUCCGCCAGAAGAUGGCUACGCCGGCUGUAGUUUCCACAGACGGAGCGAGCUCCAGUACAGCUGGAAAUCGAAAGAUGGCUUCCUCUGAGCUUCUCAGCAUCUCUGGUUCAUCCCAGACGAAUAAAAAGACCAUGGGCCAUAGAGGAAUUGACCCCACUGGGGAAACCACAUAUAAAAAGACCACAUCAUCUGCUCUGAAAGGUGCCAUUCAGCUGGGCAUCACACACAGUGUGGGAAGCUUGAGCCAGAAGCCAGAAAGAGACGUGCUCAUGCAGGACUUCGAAGUGGUAGAAAGCAUUUUCUUUCCCAGUCAAGGCAGCAGCUCAACUCCAGGUCAUCACCAUGGUGACUUCAAGUUUAAAACAUAUGCUCCCAUUGCUUUCCGCUACUUCAGAGAGAUGUUCGGGAUCCGACCUGAUGACUACCUGUACUCUCUUUGUAAUGAACCCCUUAUUGAGCUGUCUAAUCCUGGAGCGAGCGGGUCUCUCUUCUACGUGUCUAGUGAUGAUGAGUUUAUCAUUAAGACAGUACAACACAAAGAGGCAGAAUUCUUGCAAACACUCCUGCCUGGCUACUUCAUGAACCUGAACCAGAACAUGCGUACGCUGCUUCCGAAGUUCUACGGCCUCUACUGCGUUCAAGCUGAGGGGAAGAACAUCCGAAUCGUAGUGAUGAACAACCUACUGCCAUGCGCUGUACCCAUGCACCUUAAAUAUGACCUGAAGGGCUCGACGUACAAGCGACGUGCUUCACCAAAAGAAAGGGCCAAGGAUUUGCCUACAUACAAAGACCUAGACUUCAUGCAGGACAUGCCCGAGGGCAUAUUUCUGGAGAGUGACCACUACAAUGCCCUAUGCAGGACUAUUCAGAGAGACUGUCGGGUACUUCAAAGUUUUAAAAUCAUGGACUACAGUCUGUUGAUGGGUAUCCACAACUUGGACUGGGCAGGUGAAGAGGCAUCUACUGCGGUUCCUGAAACCCAGAAAAAGGCCCAAGGCCAGAAGCCCCUUUACUGUACAGCCAUUGAGUCUAUUCAAGGAGAAUCCAAGGGCAAUUCUUCACCACAGCCCUAUGAAAGCAUGGGAGGAAUCCCAGGAUUUAAUUCAAAAGGAGAAAAAUUGUUGGUUUUCAUCGGCAUCAUUGACGUCCUUCAGUCUUACAGGCUGGUGAAGAAGUUGGAGCACUCAUGGAAAGCUCUGCUGCAUGAUGGGGACACUGUGUCUGUGCACCGGCCAAGUUUCUAUGCAGAUCGUUUCCAGAAGUUUAUGUGCAGUACAGUCUUCAAAAGACCUAUGUUGAAAACGUCUCCCUCAAAGAAAAGCCGAGGAGGAAUUGUGGGAAAUGGAGGGAAGAAGUCAAACAUUUCAGUGUCUGGACUAUCACAACAGCUGUCCGUUCCUCUAGCAGCAGAACAAACACAGCCACAACAGACUAUAGCGCAGCUGUGCAGCAGUGGAGCUGUGUCCCUCGCCCCAGACACUCAAGGAGACAGCGGUGUGCAAACUCGUCCUGACCUGCUCCCACAGCAACUGAAUGAAGAUGAGAUCACGAGUAGCUCAGCUGAUACGACCCUGUCAGCAACCUCUCCUGGAAGCUUUCAGACCUCAAACACACUAGCCCUGAGUCGUAGCAGUAUAGCUGCCCAGUCAUCAGGGGAAAGCUUUGACGCGGAAGCUAUUUCACUCAGUGAGAUUGUUCCUCAGACAAGCACGUCAGAAUGAAAGGCUUUGGAUGAACAAGAUAAAAUAAAGCCCUCAAGGACAAAGAUGCACUCUCUUUUAAGGACAUCAGAACAUAAAGAAAGAGAAAACAUAAGUAAGAUGGACUUGCUAUAAACACCUGGGGAAGUGGAAACCAGAGAAUGUGGAUCACAAAACAGAGUAGUGCACAUGUUCAUAAAACUGUAAAGACAUAAGGAUAAUGAUAUUCUCCCUGUUUUUUAUAUAUGUAUUUUUUUGGAUGUCAACAGUACAGCAUCCAAUACUGCUGCUAUGAAAUGAAACCAAAAGAAGAUGCCACUGUAGUACCUCAACAGUGUGAUAUCACUGUUCUCAAACAGUGCCAUAUUUACAGGAACUCCCAGAUCCUGAUGAUGUUAACAGCAGAGGGAAAGUGAUGAACUUCAUGUGACUUGCUCUUGGAGAGCAAACAGGUCUUUUGAGUACCUCUGUGAGAGUUUUCUAGUGGUCUUCAUUUGACCAUGCAUCUUUUUUUUUCUCUUAGUUUGCCUAGAAGAUGAAUCUACAGGAGUCAUGAUAUUUACUUUGCUAAGGGACAAAAAGAAAUUAGGUUGAUUUUGAGUUUUUAUUGCCUAUUUCAAAGAUAUUUUAAUAAUAUGGCAAGAUUAUAUAUAUAUAAAAAAACGUAGGAUGAGUGAAGCCAGAUCAGGUUGCCUGAACAAUCACGUAAUAAGACACUUUUCAAAUCUAUAAAAUGUAUUCGACUUGGUUUUAUGAAUCGAUUCGAUUGCAGUACUGUGAUAUUGUAUUGGAUAUUUAAAUGUGCCUUAAUCACAAGAGUUAUUUUGCCUUGUCAUGAACGGGAAGCCUUUUACCAUGCAUGAUGACUGUGAGUAAACCGUGCACAAUUGCAUGGUCUCCUCAAGUGUGGAAAAAAAAAUCUGUCAGUUGAUUUGACUAUUAUCAUAUACUUAUUUAAAAAAAAAAAUGUUUGGAGCUUGCCAAGAAAAUGGUUUUCCUAGUUUUAUUUUCUUUACUUUGUUUGUGAGAGAUAGCAAGAGCAAGAGAAACAAAAGCAAACGGUAAAUAGAUACCACAUAUUAAAGACCAAAUUCAGUAUGUCGGCAGGUGGGACAAUUUUUGUAUUUUAUUUGGCAUUGAAUUUAAAAUAGUUGUUUUUUAUUGUUUUUUUUAGAGAUGAAAUCAAGUUCAAUUAAAUCCGAAACCAAAACCUUUUUCAUUAUUUUUUUAAUAUGUUCAUGUUAAUCAGCAAGUCUGAAUGCUGAGACAUUGGCAAUGAAUAUCCAAAUAGUUUUUUUUUUCUGUGACAAUUUUUAUAAACAAAAGAAACAUUCCUGUACAAAGUCAUAUUUAUUUGGAUGUUUGCAUGUAAUUUAUUUCUUUAUCUCUACUUCUAAAGUGUUUGAUACUCGAUGGCUGUGUAAAUUUGUUUAGGAACCUGAAUGCUUUUAUUUUUUUUACUGUACACUCACGAUCUGGGAUUCUUGUGCAAUUGCUGUUUAUUCUGAAAAUGCUGCCUUCAUUCUUGUAGUCUUAUAAAACUGAGAAUGGUGUUUAUUAGUAGCUUUAAAUGAAAAUAUUCCUCACUCUCGCAAUGACAUAUUACUGCUCUCUUCCAAAAGAUAUUAAGACUUGGAGUCGAAAAUAUUACAACAUUUCGUGCUGUAUGCAAAUGAAUGAAAUAAACAAAACUGAAAUAGUAA